AUGAAGGUGCCGAGUACUCCCCGGCAAUAUGUUGCCGGGUCACGGCGGAUGAUGAAGAUCAAGGAGGCCAUGGACAGCCACGUGGUGAAGCUCGCCGAGGGGGCUUCGGAGCUCUACGUCCCAAAAGCCGACCCCACGCAGGCCUGGGCGGCCGUGGAGGAGGCUCGGAGGCUGGCCAGGCCCAUGAAGGUUGCAGCCGUGUUGGAGAAGGAGAAGCAGGUCUUCUAUGAGCGACCCCGGAGCAAAGUGAAGAUCAGCACGCCCCUGGACUCCGACGCAGAGGAGGUGGAGUCCUCUUCGACGUCGGAUUCCGAGGGCUCCGAGUCCAGCGACCAGCUCGGAGAGUGGGAGCAGAAGCAAGAAGACGAGGCAAUCCAGCACUGGACCCUGGAGACCGCGGCGGACACGUUUCAGGAGCUCUUGAACUCUUUCAAGUUCGACCAACGCGUCGACACGCUGGAAGAGCUUCAGAUGGGCUUCUCGAAGCGGGUGGACAACAAUGAGAAGCUCAACGACGAGAUGGACGAACUGGAGGGCCUCAUGCGACAGGACUGGGAGCAAUUGGAGCAGGAGAUCGCCGAGUCACGUGUGCACUUGGAGCAGCACGAGCUGCAGAUGUUCCAGGCUCUGCAGCGCUACUUCCGCUGCAUGGACCGGUACGUCUCCUUGCCGGGAUCUCGUCAAAAGGCCCUGCAGGAGCUUCGACAGAGCAUCCGUGACUCGGGCAGCCAGUCUGCUUCUCUCGAUCAGCCCUCGGACGUCCUGGAGGUCGUGGAAACGAUGGUGGAGGAAAUCAAGCAGCUGCGCCAAGUCCUGGACCUGGAGUCGAAGCGCCACGAUGCUUACGAGCACGCCCUGAAAAAGCUGAGCCUGGCAGCGUUGGUCGGCGAUGACAAUGUGAUGCAGGAUCCCGUGACGGCCCAGGUCGUGAAGGAGAUCCGAAGGUGGGAGAUCGACGGCUCUCUCGAAGACUGGGUCGCACAAGAGACGGCAUCCCUGGGAAAGAACGAGUAUGCCGCGCGGGUGACGCGGGUGAAGGCCGAGAUCGAGGAGCUGAAGAAGCGACUGGAGCGGUACAAUGCGAGAAAGCAGCGAAAGCGCCGGAAUUCUCUGGGGAAAAAGACGGGCGGCGAGGCCUCUGAGGAGCUGCCGACUGGCGGCAGCGCCUUUCAGAAUCUUUCGCUUUUCGACGACUCGGUGGAGUGGAACUUCAAGCGUGAGCUUUCGGACAUACGGAAAGCACAGAAGAAGCUGGAAGACCAUUUGGCAAAGUUCGAAGGGCUGCGUAGCCUCAUCAAGUACCAAGAACCUGACCUGGAGGAUAGCCUGAACAAGAUCUUGGAGGUGACGACGAGAGCUACGAUGAUGCGGCUCACCCGGCGCAUCGAGCGCCUGCCAAAACCGAUGACUGCUGAGGAGCAGGAGGUGGAGAACUUUGCACUAAUCAGGCAGGCGGAGGGCGAAGAGGACGAGAAAGAGCACAAGGAAAACAUGAAAAGAAUGCAGUCGGAGAUGGAGCUUAUGCAAAAGCAAGCUGAUGACCAGGAACAGAAGCAGAUGCAAGUGCAACGGGCAAUUCGUCAUGAGCAGCGCGUUCAAGAGAGCUUACAAGCUGAGAUUGAGGAGGCCAAGGCCAUGAUUGAGUCCAUCGACGACAACGUGAGCCUGGUUGUGGCGCGGGAGACGAUGCGCCAGGCGGAGGACAUGAGGUUGGCCAACACCGAGAAGGAGAAGGAGCUGCUCGAGCAGACCCAGGCUCGCGAACGGGCGGAGGCCCAGCUGGGCCAGGCCACCGGGCUCUUUGAGGAAACCAAGGCGCUGGCGCAGCGCCUGCUGCGCCGACGGGCCGAGGAGCUCGAGAGCGACUCCGAGCCCUCGGCGGACGAACUGGGAGAUGCAGAAGGGCUCGGGGAUGCGGACUCUGAAAAUCCACACUCCAGGGCAUCCUCACUGUCCUCCACGUCCAGGCUGGACUCUCGAAGGACGAGCGAGAAGUUGGUGACCGGGCAGGUGCUCGAGCGACUCCAGAAGGCCCAGAACUUCCCCCAAAGCUUGGCCGCUGCCGGCCCUGCCGAAGACAAAGGCUCCCUGAAAAGAGGAGCCGAGCAAAGCGCUGUCAUGAAACUCCGGCGGCAAUCCAUGAGCAAAGGUGCCGCGGCCCUGGCGGACAUCUUAGGACGUGUCGACAGGGAGGCAGGUCUGGGCGCUAGCGGCAGCCCCAUGCACGGUGGCGAUGCAUCCCCUCAGUCCUCCAACACCAUUCGCACGUCGAAGUCCGGGCGACGGCACAGCGCACUCAACGCUUUCGGCAUGGCCGCACAAAGGGCGGCUGGAGAAGCUUCGGGUCGCCGCAUGUCUGGAAUGUCGGGGCAACGUGCGGCUCUGCUGGCCGUGGGCGGUUUCAUGAAAGGCGUCAACCAGGCAGACGAAGGAGCUGAGAAUUCACCAGAAUCUGGCAAAGGCUCGCCCAGCCACUCGAAGUCUCGUGCUGACCAGCUCGAGCCAGCUUCGCGAAAGGACGGCCGAAGAACGACUCUGGCUAAUAUGCUGAGUAGUGCCGCGAAGGCUCAGGCGAGAGCACGCGCCGAUGCCGACGAGGAUUUGGAACUGGGCAUCAGCAACUCAAUGCGCUCGCCCGGAGGUGGUGCGGACUCUGACGCCCCGCAGCCCUCGCAGUCUCUACGGACUCCGAAGUCUGGUCGACGGCACAGCGCACUAAAUACCUUGGGAAUGGCCGCACAAAGGGCGGUUGGAGACGCUUCGGGUCGUCGAAUGUCUGGAAUGUCGGGGCAACGUGCGGCUCUGUUGGCGGUGGGUGGUUUCAUGAAGGCCAGUGCUCACUUUGCAGAUGAAGAGGUUGCGGCUUCAGGAGACUCGCCCGAAUCCGGCAAAGGCUCGCCAACUCGUUCAAGGUCUGUUCGUGGCGAUGACCAGCCGCUUGAGCUAGCUUCUCGAAAGGGCAGUCGACGAACGACUUUGUUCAAUGCGUUGAGUAGUGCUGCAAAGGCCCAAGCAAAAGAGCGCACUGAUGCCGAAGAAGACUUGGAACUUGGCGUCAGCAACUCGAUCCGCACGCCUGGAGGUGGGGCGGACCCUGACGCUCCACAGUCGUCGCAAUCUUUGCGUAUGCAGUCGAAGCCUGGACGACGGCACAGUGCACUCAAUGCCUUCGGCAUGGCCGUGCAAAAGGCCGGGGAUUCUGAAGCCCCGCAGUCCUCCCAUUCGUUGCGAACGCCGAAGGGGCGACGGCACAGCACUCUUACCUUCGGCACAACUGCGCAGGGCACUGCGCAGCCCGAUAACACCGAGCCGGGCCGCCGACUGUCUGGUCGCACGGCGCUGCUGGCAGUGACGGGUUUCAUGAGGGCCAACGAGGGCCCGGCGGAGCCGACACCGUCGCCGACACCUUCGAGGUCUCUUCGGGGAGCACUUGGUUGA